UUCUGCUUCCUGUAAUGUCUGCUCUUUGUGUUUGUUUUUUUUUCCAGGACACCUUUCCCUAUAAAGAUGUCAUCUUGAUGUACUUAGAAAAGGCUAGGAGCUUUGUGAAUGGACAGUGUGAAGGAAUUGAGCCCUGGAAGUUGAUUGGAUUAACAUUUGCUUCUACUCUAAUAUUGGUAUGGGUGCAUAAUUUCCUCUUCCAACCAGAGAGUUUAACAUCAAGAAGUAAAAAGCAGUUCUUUAAAUUCAUAAGGAACGUGCCAAUUGUUGGAGGCAUAAUACAGAAGCAGAUAAACAAGGCUUUGGAUGAUGUAACCUCUAGUUUGCCCUUCCUGAAAGAUGAAAAGGGUUAUAUCAAAGCACUGCCAGCACAAGGCAUCAGCCAAGAUGAGUUGCUAGAGAAGAUGAAAGACUACAGCUCAAUGAGUGAAGUACAUUGGGAGGAUGGAAAAGUCUCUGGGACAGUGUAUAGUGGUGAAGAGAAACUCACCAAUCUGCUAGUGAAGGUAUAUGAAAAGUUUGCAUGGAGUAAUCCCCUUCAUCCCGACAUAUUCCCCGGUUUGAGGAAGAUGGAAGCAGAGGUGGUGAGGAUGGCAUGCACGCUCUUCCAUGGGGGACCCAGUUCCUGUGGUGUUAUGACCUCUGGUGGGACCGAGAGCAUUUUGAUGGCCUGUAAAGCCUACAGGGACCUGGCUUAUGAGAGAGGAAUCAAACACCCAGAAAUGUUGGUUCCAAAGAGUGUUCAUGCUGCAUUCGACAAAGCAGCCCAUUAUUUUGGGUUGAAGAUUGUGCACAUACCAUUAACCAAGACCAUGCAAGUGGAUGUUCAGGCAAUGAGAAGAGCUAUUUCAAAGAACACAGCAAUGUUGGUCUGCUCAGCUCCCCAGUUCCCCCAUGGAGUUAUGGACCCCAUUGAGGAUGUGGCAAAGCUGGCAUUGAAGUAUAGAAUCCCCUUCCAUGUAGAUGCCUGCCUGGGUGGCUUUCUCAUUGUUUUUAUGGACAAGGCAGGGUUCCCGCUACAGCAUCCAUUUGACUUCCGUGUGGAAGGUGUGACUAGUAUUUCUGCAGAUACGCACAAGUAUGGCUAUGCUCCAAAAGGCUCCUCAGUACUUCUGUACAGUGAUAAGAAAUACAGACACUAUCAGUUUUUUGUUGCACCUGACUGGCAAGGGGGGAUCUAUGCAUCUCCAACCAUGGCUGGUUCCAGGCCUGGUGGUAUCAUUGCAGCUUGUUGGGCAACUAUGAUGCACGUGGGAGAAGAUGGUUAUGUUGAAGCAACAAAGAAGAUUAUUAACACCGCACGGUUCAUUGAAUCAGAAUUGCGGAAAAUUGAUGACAUCUUAAUCUUUGGCAAUCCUGAGGUGUCUGUCAUCUCUGUUGGUUCAGAUACUUUUGACAUCUAUCGGUUGUCAAAUUUGUUAGCCACUAAAGGAUGGAACUUAAAUAUGUUGCAGUUCCCUCGAAGCAUUCACCUUUGCAUUACAUUGUUGCACACAAAAGAUGGGGUUGCAGAACUGUUUUUGGAAGAUGUCAAAGAAUGCAUCUUGGAGAUCAUGAAGGACCCUGGAGCCAAGACCACUGGCAUGGGUGCAAUCUAUGGAAUGGCGCAGUCCAUCCCAGACAGAAGCUUGGUAGCAGAGAUUUCCCAUGCAUACUUGGACUCCCUCUACAACACAGACAUCCCUUCUAGUGAAAAACACAUGAAUGGUUCUCCUGGACACCAUUGAAUAUGUAGCAUUUGGUGCCUUACCAGCCAGUACUGGGGUGAUAGUUUGAAGAAUUUCUGGAGAAAGGGAAUUGCAUUAGGCUAUGAUCUUUCUUUGUUCCUGCAAGUACAGGUCAUGUGGCAGCUUGAUCUAUACAAUUUGUUUCCCUUCUCUUCUCUCUCUCUAUCUAUUCCCUCCACACUCAAACUUCUUUUGAGCUGCUUUCACUUUUCUAUCUGUUCAGUUUUAGUUCUAUUCCGUCACCUUAGUUAACUGCCAAGGCUAGUCCUAAAUGACUUGAAUGGAAUGGUAGUGUUUGUGGCAGUCAGAAGUCCAUUCCGCAACCCCAAAUUUCUCAGGUAUUCUAAGCCUCAGUUCAUUCCUUAUCAUUUCUUCCCCUUGGUUGGGGAGAGGGUGGGGGGACAGGGAAUUCUCUAGACCUUACAGUUAGUGAACCUCCAAUUAGGGUUCAGAUUUUUAGUGUAAAAUUAAAACUUUGGGAUGCUCAAGACUGCUUCUUCCCAAGUUGGAGGUAGAAAGUGAAUGGAGCAUAGGUUUUCAAUAAUUUCUCCAACUGUGAUGCAGGCUGUGGUAGGAAACUGCAUUUAACAAAUUUUAGGGACUUACAUUUAGCGAACUGCACUGUGAUUCCUUUCCUUUAUUGAUUUAUCCUUUCAGUCUUUUAAGUUCUCGUAUGGAGAUACCAGUUAGGCAUAUUUUCUGUUGUAAUUUCUUUGAAUGACUUCCUUUUAUGGGGAGUGGGAGGGUGGAGCAAUGGAUGACAAACCCCUUCCAGAAUCUUGUAUCCAUUGGAAUUGUAAUGGGAAAUUCUAUUUUAAACCUAAUGGAUGAAAGGGAAAUAAGUCCCACAGUACUCUUGAAGAACCACUGUCUGCUUAACAAGCUUUUCUAGAACAUCUUUGUCCAUCCAUAAAGCUGUUGUAUUUUGCACAAGUCUAGAGGAAGAGAGCAAAAUGGUUAUUUUAUUGUGCUUAAACAGAAGGGUUUGCACUAUCCUAAAAUGCUGAAGUCAAGCAGUUGAGCCACACUCUGUGGAAUGGUUAGGCACUGAUGUGCAAUCGUGACACCAAAGUUAACUUUUUUUACAUCAUCUUUUGGCAUGAAAUGGUGACUUUUGUAAAAGAAGUAGUAGUCUCUACCUGCUCUUUGCACUGACUUUUUUUUUUUUUUAAGGCACAUUUUCAAAGGGCAUUCACCAGUAUGCCUUGACACUGCCCUGGGUUUUUCUGGGACUCCAGGAAGAGUGUGAUGGAUCGGCUACUGACUGUGAUGUUUUGCCACAGUCGGCUUGUUAUGGUACUAUAUUGAAAAUAAUCUCAGUGGCAAAUUGGCCUCAGGUACAGUACAUCCACCUUCACUACAAGAUAGUUUUAUUGAGCCAAGUCUUCUUAGUGUUACAAAGGUGCUGGCUUAAUGCUAAUAGGGAUCUAUUAUGGUAGCAUCUAAUAAAUACUGGAUAUCAAAAUUUUGCAUUGCAUGGACAGUCUCUUUUGAGAAUUAGCCUCACCUGCACUGUUUUUUUUUUUCCAUCUCAGUAUGUCCUGUACAGAAACUGCAUAGAAUAAACUUAUCAAAUCACUGCUGCCCCUAGAGCAUACUAGAAGAAGCACUGAUGAUGCUAAUGAGUCAUGGGGUUAGUUGUGCAGAGCCCUAUAUUGAGGGGUGGAGUGCAUUUCCAUUUUUGUUAUAUCACUAGACACUUCAAGAGAUGGUCUUGCUGUGCUACUCAUUGUGGAAAAUCUGCUGCACAUCUUAAAGGGGUAGCUCUCUGGGUAGUACAAGAUUUACUAGCAACCAAACUGAUGCUGAGUUAAGCCUCAUUGGCUUAAUAUGUCUGAAGUACACACUUGCCCAAUAACUAUCCAGCUUGCAAGAGUGAAUUACCACACUUUGCAAAAGCAAAUUUAGUUUUGGGCCCAAUGUCUGUGGGGAUGGAUAAUCUCAUUUAUAAAUAUGUCCAUUAUUUUCUACUCAAAAGAUGCUAUAUCUUGGCCAGCUCAUGGUUUUUAGGUUGUAUGUGUCUGUUUUCUCUAAAUUCUGUGGAAAUUCUUUUUUUUUUUUUUUUUGGUCAAAUUGCCUAUUUAUGCUUUGCCAACUUUGGUAGUCACAGUGUGGACUUCUUGAUCCUGUUACUGUUGUGCCAUUUGAGCAUCACUGUAUCACUAUCAGAAUUCACUGUACCUUGGAUGGGGGUAGGGGGUGGUCUUCUGUAUAACUGCUUGGUUACUUUGGCUCUCCUUUUAGUCCAGACUAAAAAAAAAAAAAGGGGGGGGGGGAAAAAAUUUU